GGGACAUUGAAAUUCCCCACUAAGCGACCAAAUAGAGGAGGCUGAACAAGGCCCGUGCGUACACCUAAAGUACGCCCCCCCUCUCCACCACAGCGGUACACAACGGUCAACAGGGCUGAAGACGGGUCCAGUUCCCCAAUCCCCACGACGCGUCAAACAGAUCAGAUUCCAUAAAUACACGCGUCAAAGUUGUAUACAAGUACCAUCAUUACCCCUCCAACCCACAUCAAUCGACGAAAAAACACAAUGGCACCUCCCGCCCCCGAGAAGCUCGACAUCUCCGACACAGAGGAAGACCUCUUCGCGUCGCCCUCACGCUCCCCCCGCGCCUCCUCCUACUCCAAACCCGCCGCCGCGGCAGCAGCUACAACAGAAGCCCCCCGCGAAUCCCGCUACGACGCCGAAGCCGCACGCACAGCGACCUUGCAGCGCGAGCUCGCCUCGUUACAAGACACAAAUGCCGCGAUCGAGGGUGUGAUCGCGUCGCUCGAGAGUGCGCGGGGGAGCAUGGGCACCGUGUCCACGACCGUGACAUCUGCGUCGACGCUGCUGAAUACAUGGACGCGCAUGCUGGGACAGACGGAACAUAAUCAACGGCUGCUGCUGGAUCCGAAUUGGAAGGGCGCGAGUCAGGAUCUGGUGGAUGCGGAGAAUGAGGUUGUGAUGAGGGCGCAGGCGGCGGAGAGGAGGGCGGCGGAGGAGGCGAGACGGAGGGAGGAGGCCAGGGCGAAGGCGGAGGAGGAGGAGAGGGUUAGGUUGGCGGGGGGGACGACGAGGGGGAGAGUUACGAGGGGGAGGGGGAGGGGGUUGAGAGGGAGUGUGACGGGGUCGUCGGUGGGGGGUCAGAGGCCGGCGUCCGGGCUUGGGAGGACGGCGUCGCAAAGGGGGUCGGGUAUUGGGAGGGGAGGUGUUGCGAGUACGAGAGGCAGGGCUCGUGGUGUGAGGUGAAUGGCGUACGAGGAGAUGUUACAAACGCAAUUCUAUCGACAGUGGUACCGCUGCUGUUGUGUGUACGUUCAGAACGUACAGAGUCGAUCCAAGGACGACGCGAUCUGCCUUGGUGAUGAGGCCCAGUCACCAACAACGGGGCUAGAGGAAGGGCAUUUGGAACCUAGGCUACUGGCUGAAUGGUUUCUGUGGUUGAAAUUUCAAGGCUUUGGCUACUGCUAGACUAUCUGGAGGCAGAAAGCCGGUUGGCCAUAGAGUAGGAAGUCCGACUGAACCCAGAACUACAUGACAAUCACAAUAUACAAGUCAAUACAUAUACCAUGGACUUCACACUGUGUAUCAUUAGCAUCAUGUGACCUGAAGCGAUCGGUUUGCGAAUUUAACGAAUUGAAGCCCAUUCUCCAAGCAAGGUGCGACUGUGGUCUUGCUUAAUAGUCGUUCCUUCCCUAUAGUAGGCUUCAACGUUCUAAGGAAGCUGCGAUUGAGGUUUUGCUUGGUAAUGGUUCCUUCCGUAUAUUAAAAUAUAAGACCUGGG